UAGAGAAGCACUAUUCAGCCUUUUCUUUCAAGCCUGAACCAAAAGAAACAUAACGAACAGCAGCCAUGGUUGAGUGGACUGAUCAGGAGCGCAGCAUCAUCACCAGCAUCUUCUCCAGCCUGGACUAUGACGAUGUAGGACCCAAGGCUCUCUGCAGGUGUCUGAUCGUUUACCCCUGGACUCAGAGGUAUUUCGGCAGCUUCGGUAACCUCUACAACGCCGAGGCCAUUAAGACCAACCCCAAGAUCGCCGCCCAUGGCACCAAAGUGCUGCACGGUCUGGACCGCGCCGUGAAGAACAUGGACGACAUCAAGGCCACCUACGCCGAGCUGAGCGUGCUGCACUCCGAGAAGCUGCACGUCGACCCCGACAACUUCAAGCUCCUGGCUGACUGCUUGACCAUUGUCAUCGCCGCCAAAAUGGGCUCUGGCUUCACACCAGAAAUCCAGGCUACCUUCCAGAAGUUCCUGGCCGCGGUGGUGUUCGCUCUGGGAAGACAGUACCACUAAACCCAGCAGCCUGCGCACCUGGAGGAGACUAACGACACUUUACACGUCUUAUGUGUCUCCUCUGUAAAGUAAUAAAGUGCCCACUAAGCAAA